AUGGGCAGCAUCAGUUACGAAACCGAGCCUCAACUCGAUACCUCUCCGAAUUUUGGGGACUGGAGAGACCAGCUGAUCAACGACGGCUAUGUCGUAUUGAAGGGCGUUAUCUCACCAGAAAGGGCAGGAUACUAUCUUGAUGGUCUCUUCGACUGGCUCGAAACGUUUCCUUACGGCUUCCGGAAAGACGACCCCUCAACCUGGGGUCCGCAAAAUCUUCCGGCACAUAUCAAGGAGCCUACCAUUCUCGAUGCCUACGCCAAGCUCUGGCAGACCAAAGAUCUUCUCGUCUCUUUCGACGGUGCAAACUUGACUCUUCCUGCGAAAGAUCGAGAACCCAUCGGUGCUUGGCCACACGUCGAUCAAAGUCCUCUCCGUAAGGGACUGCAGUGCGUCCAAGGGAUACUCAAUCUUGCCCCGAAUGGUCCCAAGGACGGAGGUCUAAUCGUCCUGAAGGGGUCCAGUGCACUCAACGAGGCCUUUUUCAAGACCCACGACACGGAGCGAGAGACUUGGGGCCCGGCCGACUGGUUCGGCUUUACCCCGGAAGAGGUUGACUGGUUCAAGGAGAGAGGCUGCGAGGCGGUCAAAGUGUGCGCCGAGCCCGGUGAUCUGAUCCUGUGGGACUCCAGAACCGUUCACUACAAUUGCCUCCCAGAGAGUGAAGCAGUCCGCUCUGUUUUGUACAUGUGCUACUCUCCGGCUUCGUAUGCGAGUGCCGAAGACUUGAAGAUGAAAGCGAAAUUGUUCAAGGACCGUAAGGGGACCACCCAUUGGCCUCACGCGAACAUCUUCCGGGACGAGAGACAGGUGAUCAGACUUGGGGAGCAAGAGACCUACAAAAGAGACAGCCCGUCUCAGGAGCCUGUGGAAACUGAGAAAUUAUUGAAGCUUGCGGGAGUUCUGCCUUAUGCCUCCUGA